AACCAAGGGUUUAAGAACCUCUAUAUAAAGAUAGUUAGGCAAUCACAGCUUCUCAUCAGUAUAGACCACCUUCCCCUCUCUUCUGUUACCAAUGGCUCCCUCAUCAAACUACAUUUCUUUCCUUUUCCUCACUACGCUUUUGUUUGCUCUUCAAAUCACUGCUAGAGACAGCCAGUUCUUCAGCAAAGUCACCCAUUUCGACAAAGACAAUGCCAAAGUGACAGAACUUCCCAACAAAGAAGCACCAGAAGUAAACAAGCCAGAGCAACAACCACCUUUCAUUCCCGAGACUGAAAACAGCUAUGGCCUAUAUGGUCAUCAUGAUGAGUCUAACCAAGUCCCCUCCACCACCCCGACUUCUUACCACCCCUACAAGACCAAGUUUGAGAACUCCAACAACAAGUACUACAACAAUGAUGCAUAUAACACAAGGUUCUCCGAAACCAGUUACAACAACAACAACAACAAGUAUUACAACAAGGAUUCUUAUGAGGGUAACCAAUAUGAGUUAAGUGACACAAAGUACACAGAAGAAGGAUACAACAACAAGUAUCACAACUCCUAUCAGAACAACUACAACAACGAUGCUGCCAAUGACAAAUACUCCUACAACAACAACAACAACAACAACAAAAAUUACAAUGCUCACAAUAACAGGUACAAUACUUACAACAACAAUGCUGUUAGCAGGUACAAUGGUGAGAGGCAAGGAAUGAGUGACACAAGGUUUUUGGAGGGUGGAAAGUACUUUUAUGACGUUGGCGCGGAGAAGUACAAUCCAACAAACUAUGGUGACUCGUCUAGGGAAGUGAACACUAACAAUUGGUACAACAACAGAGGUGUCAACUACAAUGGAUACCAGAACCAGGAGGAGUUUGAAGAUGAGCAUAAGAACUUUGAGCCAUGAGCUUGGAUCACUGGCAAAGUGAAGAAUUCACCAUACUUAAUUUUGAGUAUCCACUAUGGGUGUUUAAUGUUUUUAUUGUGCUUUAGAUUCAAGAAAACACAAAGUUAAAGGAUAUGUUAACUAUGAAAGGCUUUUAUUUUAUUUUUUACUUAGUAGUACUUCUAUUAAGUCUUGCUUCCGGAUUGCAGUGUCGCUGUUAUGAUCUGGAAAUACCAUUGCGAGAGCAUGAGUAAUUUUUGCUUAUAACAUAUUAAUAAGUUGUAUAAUAUUGUGAAGUAAGCUUGUA